UCACAGUGCAGCUUCGCGGCUCUGUAUUAAUUGACAACUUAAAAGCAAGAGAUUUCAGCCGUGCAAAAACCCUAAACCACUUUCUUCUCUGCGUCAACUACAACAAUGGCAGCAGCAGCUCUGGACUCUGAAACUUCAAAGAAAGUCAUUAGACAGGUUGAGUUCUACUUCAGUGACAGCAAUCUUCCCAGAGAUGGGUUUCUCUCAAAAACUAUCAGUGAGAGUGAAGAUGGUCUGGUCAGCUUGGCGUUGAUAUGCUCAUUCUCUAGGAUGAGAGGUCAUCUGGGUUUGGGAGAUGCAAAACAGGAAGAUAUAUCAGAAGAUACAGUAAAAUCUGUAGCUGAGACACUAAAGAGUUCCCCCUAUUUAAAGAUUUCUAAAGAUGGUCAGAGAGUUGGUAGGACUACAGAAUUACGAAAACCGGAAGAGAUUAUUGAACAAUUAGAUGCUAAAACAAUUGCAGCAUCUCCACUAGAGCACAAUGUAAAGCUUGAAGAUGUGGAGUCUUUCUUUGCUCAGUUUGCCAAGGUAAAUAGUGUGAGGCUGCCUCGUCAUGUAUCAGACAGUAAGCAGCUUUGUGGCACUGCUCUUGUUGAGUUUGCAACCGAGGAAGAAGCUGCAGAAGUUUUGAAAAAAAGUCUGGUAUAUGCAGGCGCCAACUUGGAACUUAUACCAAAGAAGGAUUUUGAUGCAGAACGAGAAAAGCUAGAAGAAGCUGAGAAAUCUCGUCCCAAACAUGACUUGAAUCGUAAAAACAACUCAAAGGACGAUAACAGCUACCCUAAAGGCUUAAUUGUUGCAUUUACAUUAAAGAGUAAAUCAGCUGAUGAUUCUGCAGAGAAGGAUGGCAAUGAGGAGCCCGCAAGUGUAAGUAUUGAUAUUUCCAAGGUAGAGCCUGAACCAAAUUCAGUUGAGCAAACUGCUGAGUUAUCUGAAGAUGCUAAAGUCAAAGAAGAAAGCCCGGAAGAAAACAUCGAAACCAAAAGUGAAGAAAUGGUUGAAGAUGAACAUACUAACGGAAGUGAUCAAGGUAAAGAUGAAAAAGAAUCUUUUGAUAUAUCUAAGCAAAAAGAGGAAGCUAAAGCUGGUACUGAAGGCAAAUCAACUGCCAUAAUGUACAAGGACAACAAGGAUGUUGUUCUACGUGAAGAUCUGAAAAAUGUUUUCAAAAAGUUCGGCUCAGUUAAGUUUGUUGAUUUUACAAUGGGAGCUGAAUCAGGAUACAUUAGAUUCGAAGAAGCAGAUGCAGCACAGAAAGCGCGUGCUGCUGCCGUACUUGCUGAAGAGGGUGGUUUGAUGGUCAAAAACUAUGUGGCUGUAUUAGAACCAGUAACUGGAGAGGCUGAAAAAACAUAUUGGGGUUUUCUUCGUGGUAAUCAGGAGAAGUUCAAGGGCAGUCGUGGAAGGGGUGGGAAAUCAAAUAGAGGUGGGAGACAAUAUGGAAAGCACUCCCGUUCAAGGGAUAAUGAUGACUCAAAUCGUCCAAGAAAAGCACAGAAAGUAUGAGAAACUUGGCCAUGCAGAAGUUGUCAACAGUCUGAGGUCCAGUUUUCUCUGACACCGGCUUGCCGAUUGUAAAAUUUUUGCGUGGUUUUUAAGACUUUAGAGCCAAGUUCAUCUCUGCUCCAAUAUACAAAACUUCUUGUGAUAUGGAUGCAAUCGAAAAUGAGAAACAGUGUAUUCUUUCCUAAAAAUUUAUAUUUCAAGUUCGGUUUAAAAGUUUUUUA